AUGUCUGAAAUACGUGAACAACAGCAAUUCAGCCAGGACCAGAAGCCAAAAGAUGGCCAACCUGCCAUCAAGGAGCUCUGGGACCAGGCAGCGGCGGACUUUGAGACAAUCUGUGGCAAGUCACUUCGACAAGGCAGAGUGAAGACUUUCGACGACGUCAAACGGAUUAUUGAGAAGGACCGAAGUACGACGUCUCAUGAUGCUGUGCAGCAGGAUGGAUGGGAGAAAGCCAAGAGCGUGGGAUUGAAGACACUGAAAUGCCUCAAAUUGCUUGCCAACGUGGCUGCCCAGGGUGCUUCGCUUAUACCUCUACCUCCAAUCGCGGCAAAUACGGCCACGAGCGCUCUGGGGUUUGUCUUUGACAUCCCACAGGCUAUCAAGGCCUACAACGACGCCGUCAAUCAGGUUUUCGAAGAAAUCUCCUCAGCGCUUGCCCAAAUGCGGAUCUAUGAGUCGAUGGAGAAAGUUGACGGGUCUCUCCUUUACCAGAUACAUCUCGUAAUGGUCAGCAUUGUCAGGCUCUCUGCUCACGUGGUGAAGUAUCAACAGGGCGGCAAGAGGGAGCGCGGGCUACAGAAGCUCAAGUCCAUCUUCAAUAAUGACUCGGGUCUGAAUGACGAAAUGGGUGUCUUCAAAAGAGUCUUACAGUAUCAGCGCGAUGUCGAAAGCACUGUUACGCUUGCUGUAGUGGUCGAGACGCGACAGGAUAUUGUUUUGCUGAUUGAGAAAAACAGCAUGCUCCAGACGACGGUAGAGUCAACGCAGCGGGGAGUUCAGUCGAUCCAAAUUGCGUCCGAGUCGAUGCAACAGGAUCUGCAAUCUAUCCGAAGCAAUGCCGACCGCAAUGACCAACUCACCAAAAUCAAGGAAACUCUCGAACUACCCUCUGUCGACACGAGCACCGACACACGAACCAGAUUCUCUGAAGGCUGUUACGAGGGCACGGGCUCGUGGAUCUGGACUCAUGAGACUUACGACCAGUGGACUGCUCCCAAGGAGAGGAAUUCCGGAUCUCGAGUGCUGUUCAUUUCAGGACCUCCUGGUUCAGGCAAAAGCUCAGCCUGCGCUCUCAUCGCCAGACGACUUGAGGAUCAGCAAGAUCGCACAUAUGUGGCUCACUACUUCUUCCCUAAAAAGCAAGAGAGCAAGAAGCAGGACAGCGAUAGUAGAAAGCCUGACAGUGAUACCAAGCAGGCGGCUGACCCGAUACGUUUGGCUCUGAAAUCCAUGGCCCAUCAAAUUGCAAAGGUCGACACUAUCGUGAGGAAUGCGCUAUACAACGCAUCUCAAGAUCCCAGUGCGAUUCGCCGCGCAUCAGAACUAAACGUUCUCUGGGAGAGAUUGAAAAUCGAGGCAACGGGGUCUAGGGCCACGUACUACCUCGUCUUUGACGGCCUUGAGAAUCUGGUUUCGUCGGAUGCUGAGAGCCUGAUAAAGUUCGUCCUCGGUCUCCAGCGGUCCGAGGACUCGAAGUCGGAGAGCAAUCUACGUUUUUUGGUGAGCGGGAAGCAGGACAUGUUUGAAAAUUCGAAUACGAGGACCGCGCUGCAAAUUCGAAUGGAAGAGGAGAACCAGCCGGACAUGCGUAUCUUCAUCAGCCGGAAGCUUAAAGAGCAAGACAUCUUGCAGCAUCCGAAGCCCGAAUCGGACCAGCACAUGGUAAGAGAGAUGAUCUUGCAACGUUUACCCAGGAAUGCCAAAGGCAGCUACACGAGUCUGGAGCUUGGCCUCGACGACAUCAUUCACCGGCUGCGUACGCGAGUGACCAUCAAAGAGCUUGAGCGCAAACUAGAUCAACCGAUCAUCAGCCACGAAGCAGCUAUAGAGACGCUCCAGAGAUCGUUGUCAGGGGACGAUGUCAAUGAACUCAACGAGCUAUUGAAAUGGGUGUACCCAUUCGCUGACACAAUCGACCCUUUGAGCUUGCAGCAACUUGAGCAGGCCAAGUUUCUCUCUUCAGGGACCGAGUCUCUUGUGUCGUUGCAGAACACCAUUAAGAACAAGUACUCCAAGGUACUUAAAAUUGAAAACGGCAACGUCCAUGUCCAAGAUUUAGCCCUUGACUUUCUAAAGAAAGCCGACAUCACCUCUGCAGCGUCUCAAGAGCCUGAGGACAGCGCGACCAUCAGUAUGACCAUCACCAUCAAUAACGUCGACCGGGAGACCUGCGGCAAUUUCUUAUGGGAUCUGGCGCACAAAGCGAAUAGACAAAAGUUCAACUUUGACUUCGAAGCACACCAAGUUGGCAACAGCACGGCUCGAAUUGCUGUGGAUGAGCUCGACGCUUAUCAUACCAUCGUCUUGAGGACCUUCCAGUAUCUGAAUGAAGAGCCCAAUGAGCGAACCAGCGACAUCGGUAUUCAUCUUGCCGCUUUUCUGCCAGAUCACCUCGCAGGCAUCCGACAUCUCCAAGAAGACGAAAAUCAAUUUCUUAGGCCUCAACAAUACCAAGAGAUUGGCCAGAACCUAUAUACGCUCUUCAAGGAUGGCACAAUAUUUGAGCGUCACAGAGCCAACUUCGAGAGAAUCUUCUGGAACGUGCAAGACCUGAAGGAAAUCCGAGAUUGGCUAACAGACACGAGCGUUAUGAGGGGGGUACAAGAUAAGUCUUGGCGAAAUCAAGUGAAGAACACUAUUAGCCCGGCGAAUGGCUAUCUGCGUUACUUUGCGCGUCCGCUCCUGAAGGAUGCGGACGAUGAGGCCGUCAGUAUGUCUCAUCAAGGGGACUCUGACGAAAAAGGUAAAUCCAGCAGCUCUAGCUCAUAUUACGACAACAUCGACUGGACUCUGAUCAGCGAAUGGUGUCGAAACUUCCUGAACUUGUCCGACGCAGACCUCGACUCACUCUGGUACGAACGACUUGCAUCGACUGCGCUCCAUCAUGACGACAAAGUGACGAAGGCCCGGGAACUUUUCCAACUCGCUCUGGAGAAGGAAAAGCCUAGCUGGCUAUGCCACCGAGGUUUGGGUACAACAUAUGACCAUGAAGAGAAAUUCGCCGAGGCCAUGGAAUGUUUCGAGCUCUCGAUAGCGGAGGCCAAAAAAGAUGGGGCGGUGCCCAAGCCAGAACUGACAGACCUCUUUGAGAUGCAUCUACUCACAGGCCGCUGUGCUUUAAACAUCGGGGACCUGAAGAAAGCGGCGGAAUUCUACCUGCAGGCUAGCUCCAGCAAGGAUGUAGACCAAGCUAUGAAAGCACAGUUGGGGCAUAUGAAGGCAUUGAUGAGGUCUCCGGAUCCACAGUAUGCGACGAAAUGGCUUCAGGACAAACUGUCCGAAGAAACUGAGGGGCGAAGACUGUGUGACAUUCUCAAGAUGGCUGCCAGAGAAGAUGAUCAUGGAGAUUUCAUCCCCAAAAUGUUCACUUUGGCGAGUGAUAAGCCAGACACCCUGAAGGGCGUCGUACGGGCGAUGGAGACGGCGACCGCUCGACCUGGGCCUGGCGCAGAGUCUGACGAAGUUAAUCCUCUCCUCGAUGAUGAAGUGGUCGGCGUCCUCAAAUACUACCGGGCCCUUGCUAUGUAUACAUACAGGCACAAGGUGGCAUCCGAAACCGUGGAUCCCACAAGAGAAGCAUUAAGGCUUUGGGAAGAAUGUUGCGACCAGCUGUCCAACAUCGGCAGUGGCAACGCCAACUUCAUUCGGAAGAAAGCCAAGGUUAAGAUCGCCCAGCAUUACUUCGAGGAUAUGUUGGCUAGAGACCGUCUCGAUGAUGUUGAUAAGCUGGCCCAGCUUGCCAGGUCUGAAAAUCAAGUCCAAGGGGAGUGGGAGUGGGAAGCUUCUGGAUUCCUCUCUGCGCUUUAUGCCCACCAUGGGAACACGACCCAGUCCAGAGCGGCACUUGUUCGAAAAGCCAGGUUUGGUUUGGAAGUUCUCUCGGACGAGACACCUCAAAAUGACAACCUUGGAUUCUACCUUCUUUGGCAGGCAUUGGUGCAGAACGGCGACUUCACUAACGCGGUAAUCGCACUACUGUUCUGCAUUUCCCCAGACGUUCUGGCUGAUGCACUCAAUUCCGAAUCCAAAGACGUUCAGGAUGAUAAGGGCCUGGAUAACCAACGGCUAUUAGAUACGGUGCGGAAAUUGGCAGGGAAGACUCUCGAGGUCGUCAGAAGUCAACUCCCCGAGAUCUCGCCGCAGCAUCAGCGUCUCAGUAUCGCCAGAGAGCAUAUAGACACGUGUCUAGGUGCUAUCAGCUCCUCAAAUGAUGCCUUGGAAGGCGGUGAAGGACAAAGUCGACUUGCCCUCCAUGAUUCAGAGACUGUCGCAGCAUAUCACAUGAUCCAAGACCGACUGCGCGCUGCCCAACAGGACAUCACCGAGGUGAGUGACUGGACCUGGUCGUGUGACGGACGCACGAUGGACGGAAAGGAAUGCACCAAAAGAGAGGUCUACCAUUGCAUCUACUGCACAGACAUCGAUUUCUGCAAUGAUUGUCUGGGGCGUCUCCGAGACCCUGAAAGAUGCUCUGACAUCGAAUCCACGGUGUGCAGCAGCAAACACCGAUGGUUGAAGCUCCCACUGCCUAGUUCAGGUUUGUACGUCGGGCCCCAAGCAACAAGUCUCAGGUCUCCGAAGGUGCAACAGCGGCAUGAAGAUCACCAAAUUUUGGAGGUUUCAGGAGACGGGGAUGCAACUGUGAAUGUGGAGGAGUGGAAGGCGGAUGUGGCUAGAGCCUGGAAUAUCGUGCUGGAGGGAGGAGGAAGCGGAGCUGACUAG